UUUUAAGCAACAGACAUGGCUUUCCACCAAAGAUCAAUUAGCUUGCCUUCUAGGCCUCAAGCUAAAGUUGAAGAGGAGCUGUGCAUCCUAGAUGCAAUCAUCUCUUCACCCUCGACAACCAUUGAUACAAUGUGUGAGGGUUUGAGGAGGCUUGCCAAGAUCUACAGCUCUAUCAAGGAGAUCAUGUGCCUUCCUAGCAACCAAGCUUUCCCCUCCCAACAGAGGAAAGUGUUGGAUGGAGAAAUGGAAUGCUCACUUGCGCUACUGGAUCUAUGCAAUGCGAUGCAUGAAGACUUCACUGAGUCGAAGGCCAUCAUUCAAGAUCUGCAAGUGGCCCUCAGAAAAGGAGAUGGCCCAGCUAUUCAAUCCAAGAUUCAAUCAUAUGCCUGCUUGUUGAAGAAGGCGAAGAAACAUUUCAAGAAGACUUCAAAGAAGGUUUCUUCCGAAAAGGAGGAUUGCAGGAUGGCCAGACUACUGAGGGAGGCUAGAGAGAUCUCUACCUCUUUACUGGAGUCCACACUGCAUCUCUUGUCAAAGCAAAUUGAAAUGCCGAAACAAUCACUUGUUUCCAAGGCAUUCAACAAGAAGAAAGCAGUUGUGUGUGAGGAGGAGCAAUUGCAGGUGUUAGAGUGCAGUAUUGGAGAUCUUGAGAGUGGAGCAGGACAGCUGUUCAGGAAAUUGGUCCAGAGCAGAGUCUCUCUCCUGAACAUCCUUAGCUCAUAGAUACUCCACAAUUUUCACUCGGCACCCAGUGAUUAGCAUCCACAUUUUAAAGGAUCUGCUGAUCUAUCCCAUUGUAUACAUAGAAAUGCACAGAAAACUCCAUACAAAUAGAGAGCAAAAGGUUUUGGUCAAACUCAUGUGAAAAAAAAAUCCUUGCAUUGCUUCUGAUUUCACCCUCUGUGUGAUU